AUGUCUACGAAAGGUUUGUCAGUAGAUCAAAAAUAUGAAUUAAUAACGAGAAAUCUUCAGGAAGUGUUGGGCGGGGAAGAAAUCUUGAAAAUAUUGAAGGAGAGAGAUUUAAAACUCUAUUGGGGUACAGCACCUACUGGAAAACCUCAUAUUGGUUACUUUGUUCCGAUGUCAAAAAUUGCUGACUUUUUAUCUGCAGGUGUUGAGGUAACAAUUCUUUUAGCCGAUAUCCAUGCCUUCCUUGAUAAUAUGAAAGCACCUCUUGAUGUUGUAAAAUUCCGAACUAAAUACUACGAAGAACUUAUUAAAGCCACACUUAUAUCAAUUGGAGUUCCUAUCGAAAAACUUAAAUUUGUUGUCGGUUCUACUUAUCAAUUAACAGAGAAAUAUAGCUUGGAUAAUUUUAAAUUAUGUGCAAUGGUGACUGAACACGAUGCCAAAAAGGCAGGUGCGGAAGUAGUUAAACAGGUUGAAUCGGCCUUGCUAUCAGGAUUGUUAUAUCCAGGACUUCAAGCGUUGGAUGAAGAAUAUUUGGAAGUAGAUGCACAAUUUGGAGGAGUUGAUCAAAGGAAAAUAUUUGUUUUCGCUGAAAAAUAUUUACCACACCUUGGUUAUAAGAAACGCGCUCAUUUAAUGAAUCCUAUGGUUCCUGGUUUGACAGGUUCCAAAAUGUCAUCAUCUGAUCCUGAUUCAAAGAUUGAUCUUCUUGACGAUAGACCUGCCGUAAAACGUAAAUUGAAAAAAGCUUUUUGUGAGGAAGGAAAUGUGGAAGAUAAUGGUGUCUUGGCAUUUGUAAAAUCAGUUUUGUUUCCCCUUGGAUCACUAAAUGGUCAAACACCUAAAUUCAUUAUUAGUCGUCCUGAAAAAUAUGGUGGACAAGUUAUUUAUAAUGAUUAUCAAACAUUAGAAAAUGAUUUUCGUGAUAAAAAGGUUCAUCCCGGAGAUUUAAAAUCUGCGGUAGCUGAAGCCAUUAAUAAAUUAUUAGAUCCUAUUAGAGAAAAAUGGGCAAAUAAUCCUGAACUUUCAAAAUUAACGACUCAAGCUUAUCCUGUACCUAAAAGUGAAAAUGUACCAGUAAAAAAGAAAGAGUCUAAAAAACAUAAUAAAAUACCAUUGGAGAAAAAAUUGGCAAAUCAAGAUUUAGUCGAAGCAAAAAAAGAAAAGAUGGAUAAAAUAACUACUAUUCCAGUUAACCAAGUCAAGGAUGAAAAGAUGUAA